AUGGUCCUAAAUACUUUCCAUCAUCAGAACUAUUUGUUGGUUAACUCUCAUGGAUGUAACGUUCUUUUUAAUUUUAAGGCUCACCAGCAGAGCAGAAAAGCAGACCGCUUGUUGGCAGCAGGGAAAUAUGAAGAAGCAAUUUCUUGUCACAGAAAAGCUGCUGCAUACCUUACAGAAGCUAUGAAGCUGACCCAGUCAGAGCAGGCUCAGCUAUCACUGGAAUUACAAAGGGAUAGUCACAUGAAACAGUUACUGCUCAUCCAGGAGAGGUGGAAAAGGGCAAAGAGAGAGGAAAAAAUGAAAGCUCAACAGAAUGUGGACAGAGAAUUAACUGCACAUCUUCAGACUUCUUUUAAGCCAUCAGCUGAAGAAUCUGAUGAACAAAAUGUGUUGAUUCCCGUGACUCAGAAAUACAGCCCUUCCACUGAGAAGCGUCUACAAGAUAUUCAGGGUGUCUUUGACAGGGACCCGGAUACACUGUUAUUUCUGCUUCAGAAGAAAAAUGAGCCCGUGGAAGCAUGUAUUGGGAGUAAAGCUCCAAAAGAUGACAAAACAAUAAUAGAAGAGCAGGCAACCAAAAUUGCAGAUUUGAAGAGGCAUGUAGAAUUUCUGGUAGCUGAAAAUGAGAGAUUAAGGAGGGAGAAUAAGCAAUUAAAAGCAGAAAGAGCUAGGCUCCAAAAAUCUCCAGUAGAGAAGGAGUUGGAUGUAGAUGCUGACUUUGUAGAGAAGUCAGAGUUGUGGGGUCUGCAGCAACACUCAGAAACUGCUUCUUCAGCUCCAUCUUGGCAGGAGUUUGCAACAACUGCUGGGAAGGCAAAGGACAUUCCGAUACCCAACCUUCCCCCCCUGGACAUCCCAUCCCCUGAACUCCCUCUGCUGGAACUCUCUGAAGAUAUACUGAAAGGACUGAUGAAUAGUUAAAAAACAGGAAAAAAAAGUGCUCUAUGUAGUUACCUGAACCAAGAAAAGGGAAAACCACCAGGACAAUGAUGGCCCGAGGGCAGAAGCAUCUUACACAAUCCUACUGUUGGAGAAAAGGCAUUAAAGCAACUUUGUUACUGUGAAAUACACAUCAUAUCUAAUCUACUUCAUAAAAUCGGAAGGUACCAUAACUGGUAUACUAUAGCAAGUUCUUUAGUCUUUCUCCCAAUGUUUCAAACCAAAUGACUGCCUGGAGAAUGUUUCAUGUAACAGAAUCCUUCAGGGGUUUAAAGUAUACUAUAUGUAAUAGUUAUCUAUAUUGCCAUAAAUGAUGGUGCAGAAAUCUAACUGUUAUGGUUGCCAGUUGGCUGCCACUUCAUAUUGAAAAAUGCUUUCUAGCAUGAAUUUAAACUGUGCAUUUCAUUAUGCAUAACUUUGUUAAUUCAGAUACAGUGCAAUUUAUACACCUCCUAGAUGGAUUUAUGUGCCACACUCUGUACUCCUGACCAAGUUAACCUCAAGUCAGGAGAGACUGAAAUUUCCAUUCUAUGAAGGAACCAACUUAUUACUUCUGUUGAUAAGGUUUUGGGGGGUUAUCUGUUUACAUAACUAAUCAGGGUGCAUUGAAUCUAGCUAUUGGUUUCUGUAUAAAGUGACAUUGUUAAAAAAAAAUCUAUACUUAAGGAAAAAUACCCUUUUUUUUUUUUUGGUGAUGCGUGAAUGGAAGUAAUUCUAGCUGGCAGUAUUUGAUUGAAAAAGAAAUUGUUUACAGCUUAACCUGAUCCAAAAAGGAUAUGAAAAUAAAAACCAAGGUGUUUUGA